AAAGUAACUAUACAUUUGGUAACUGCAGUGCUAGUUGUAUUUUACGUGUGGAGGAAUAAAUCAUUACAAUACAAUCUCGAGCGCGUCACAGUGUGCUUAUGCAUCUCUGUGUUUAGUCCCUCGCGGCAGCACUUUGUUGGACUGCUUACAGCCGCAACAGCGGUGUAGGAGAGAAAAGGAGGGGCACAGGGAAGGAAAAGAGGAAGUGAGAGGAAACCAGUAAAGCAGGGUAGGUCUGUUUAGUAGGCUGAGGGAGUCUCUCUGCCGCUCUGUAGGAAACUUGUCUCUGUUGAAGAGAGUCGUGAGCAAGAAGCUGCUGAGAAGGAAGGAAUCAAGAACAACCAAAGCCAUGGCUGUGAAUAAAUGCAUCAAAUACCUUCUUUUCUUCUUCAACCUUCUUUUCUGGCUUAGUGGAUGCCUCAUCCUGGGCGUCUCCAUCUACCUGAAAGUCAGCAAGGGUGGAAAUAAGAUCACCAGUGACUCUCUCCCCGGCGUGGACCUGCUGAUCGCCAUCGGCGUGAUCAUCAUGGUGCUGGGCUUCCUGGGCUGCUGCGGAGCCAUCCGAGAGAACCGCUGCUUGCUGCUGCUGUUCUUCAUCAGCCUUCUCAUCAUCUUCAUCCUCCUGGUGGCUGCAGGCAUCCUGGGAGCCGUGGGGGAAAAGAAGGUGAAUGACUUGGUGAAGGAGAGUCUGGCAAAACUCACCCCACUGUCAUCGCAACCGGCAGAUGUGCAGGCAGACCUGGAGGAUCUGCAGCGGGAGUUGCAGUGUUGUGGUCUGAUGAACGGACCGUCCGACUGGACUGCAGUUCCUGCCUCCUGCCGCUGCAACGCCACCAUAACAGACUGCAAGUCCUCCGCCGUCUACACCACGCCCUGCUCCACUAAAAUCAUCAGUUUGAUGCAGAGCAACUUGACCGUGGUGCUGGGUAUCGCCUUUGCAAUCGCCAUCCUGCUGAUUUUCGGCAUGGUCUUCUCCAUGAUUCUCUACUGUCAGAUUGGCAGAAAGGACGCCGCCGCUUCCACUGCCUGAACAGCCACACAUGGCCACGCCCACUCGCUGCCUGGCAACAGCCAAUCAGCAGAGUGCAAAUGACCCAUUUCACACUUAACCUCAGUGCUAAUGUAACUUAACCUGUGCUUUUACUGUAGUGGAACACGCUGAUAUUUUGGUUGAAAUAUCAUGUCAUUAAUACAGUUAAUACACAUGUGGUGUGUACCGUAUGGAGUCUCGAACGCGACAAAAGUUCAAUAUAUAAAUAUUUUGAGCAAACAUGGGAAUUUCUGCAUGUUAAAAGGUGUUAAAUUAACCAAUAAGAUAUUGGGGGAGUGAAAUAAAUGGGGUUUAAAAUUAACUGAAUAAAUAAAAAUGUUUGGUUCUUUUAAACAAAUGAGUUUCUACCCAAAAUAUCAGUGUGUUCCUCCUUUAACCUUACAGCAAACCUGUGAUAACUAUCACUUUAAAGAGAUUUUUUUUUUUAUUAUUAUAAAUAUAUUAUUAUUAUUAGUCUUUCUUUCCGUUCACACUGUGGCCUCAAAGAACAAAAUCUAGAAACAUCAAAGCAGUUUGUGUUGUCUUGCGCUUAUUUCGAUGGAAGCCAAUUACCGGCAAAAACAAAUCAAUAAGUACACGGUUAGGUAAGGUAUCUGUAUGAUUUAUACAUAAGUCAAUAUUAUUACAUCUUCUCAUAAUCAUGAAAAUGUUACUUACAUACUCGUAAAUCUAAAAUUACAUACGUUUUUUUCUCGAACAUUGUAUUAAUAUAGUUGUUUUUUGCUCUUUUCUGUAUGUAAACUGUCAACUCAGGUUACGUGAACGUUGCUUAAAAUAAUUUUUUUUGAAAAGUACUGAAUCAUAGUUUUCUUACGAUUUCUGCAAUGCUGUAUUCUGUUUUGUUGUUUAAUUUGUAUCAGAGGAAGGAAUGGGCUUCCAUAGAUUUAUGUCCAGAAAUAUUCUGCUAUAGCUGUCUGUCGCCAUCUGCUGCCAUUUCUGAUAAAUGUUCCAAAAUAAUCCUCAUGAAGUUAAAGUUGUGGUGUGUUCCUGUGUAUAACUCCAUAAACCUUUCAGAAAUACAAGAAAUAAUUAAAUAAUAAUGCCAUUAUAAAGCCUUAUCUUCCAUAUAUAUUCAACCACAUUGUUAUAUUACUGUUUAACUAUUAAUCGUAUUAUAAAAGUGGUUUAAUAUUGUGGAACAGACUUCUUUACCUGUUCACGCUGAAUCUUGUUGCUGUCGUAUUUGUAAUUUUUACGGGCACUGUCUGAAAACAGUUUUUAUUUGUUUGUUUUUGUCCCUAAACUGAGUUUAGUUUGAGGACAACAUCAAGUGUCAUACUGUCCUGCUGAAGAAGGGAAAUAAAAACUAUAAUGAAUUAAAAUAACAUCUUUCACAUCAUCACAUCUUUAUUCGCAAGUACAUUUAAAUACUGAAGUACUACAUUAUAAUUUAUAGCUGCCCAUUCAUGAUUAUGACGUACUAUGACAUAUUUAUGAUGUACUAUGGUAUGACAUAAAGAGGCUUCAUAGUCUAAAAGAAAGUAUACUUAAAG